AUGACAAAAAUCGAAGAAGGCCAAGCUAAGAUUCUGAAUGAUGAUCAGGAUGCUUUUUACAAUCCUAUACAAACAUUCAAUCGUGACAUCAGUAUCGCGGUUAUUAAACAAUUUAUCAAAACCUGCCAGAAAGAGGUAUCAACGCAGUGUAAAGUAAGGAGGAAUCUGUCUGCUGCUGUCGAGAAGGGUUUCACUAUCUUCGAGGGGUUAUCUGCAACAGGACUUCGUAGUAUUCGUUAUGCCUUGGAAUUGCCUAAAAUCAAAGCAGUUAUUGCCAAUGAUAAUAAUCCAAGUUCAUUUAAAUGCAUAGAACGCAAUAUUGAAUAUAAUAAAAUUGGUCAUGUUGUUCAACCCCAUUUCGGCGAUGCAAGGAUGAUGAUGUACGAUAACAGUAACUCGUUAGAUGAUCAAUUUCAGGUAGUCGACAUCGAUCCUUAUGGCUCGCCCGCUAUCUUCUUAGAUGCAGCUGUACAAAGUGUUAGCGACGGAGGACUUCUGUGUAUAACGUGUACUGACAUGGCUGUGCUUUGUGGUAAUCAUGCCGGAAGCUGUUUUGCUAAGUAUGGAUCGGUCUCAUUGCGAAGCAAGCACUGCCAUGAAAUGGCUUUAAGAAUUGCUCUUUCCUCGAUUGAAAGUAAUGCCAACAGAUAUGGAAGAUAUAUCGUACCAUUACUUUCUGUCAGCGUGGACUAUUAUAUUCGUGUAUUUGUUAGAGUAUUUUACGGGAAAACGGAAGUUAACAGAUCUGCCAGUAAGAAAUCAUUUGUUUUCCAAUGUACAUCGUGCGAUAGCUUCUACUUGCAGCCGCUCGGAAGUAAGGCUGAUACAGGCAAUAACCAAAACUUUCAACCUGCAAAAUUCAACAUGGAAAAUCAAAAAUGUACAGAGUGUGACUCGAAAUUAAAGGAAAUUCCUGACCAACCGCUUUACUAUGUGACAGAUUCCUUAGCUAAUUCUAUUCAUUCCGUGUGCAUACCGUUCCUUAAAAUAAGAUCUGCAUUACUUCAACUUGGCUACAAAGUGUCAUCUACGCACGCACACAAGAGUGCUUUUAAAACUGAUGCUUCGAACAGUGUUGUUUGGGAUGUAAUGAGAUGUUGGGCUAAGAAAAACCCUGUAAGUAAAAAGAAAUUACGUGGUCCUGGUGAAAAAAUUCUCCAAAAGGAGCCUAGCAUUGAGGCUUCAUUUGACAUCUUGCCUGGAGCAAAUCCGGAAUCAAGGAAACUCGGGUUAGUUCGAUACCAGGUCAAUCCGGAGCCAAACUGGGGUCCAAAAUCUAAAGUCAAGAAAAGAAAACACGAAGACUCCGAUAGUAAUAGCGACGAUGGCAGAAGCAAUAAGCAAGAGAAAUCCAUAUCUAAUAAGACGUCGAAUGAUUUAUGA